AUGAGGACGAUGCCUAGAGAUAGUGACGGGGAGGAGGAAGAGGAGAAGGAGGAAGAAGACAAGGGAACAUUACUGUCGUUUCUACCUGAUGAACUCCUGCAGAAGGUGCUCUCCUUUUUGCCCAUCGCCAACAUCAUCAAAUUGGGCAUCGUGUGCAAACGGUGGUACGAGGUGGUUCACUCCUGGCCCCCGUUGUCGUGGGCGAUGAUGGCGCCUCAGAAUCCGUUGUUCUUCAGGCCCUGCUUUAACAACUUCUCCUUCUCGGGCCACGUAUACGACCCUGGCUUCCUCCGAUGGUACAACUUCGACUUCACCCCCUUAGAAAAGAGCAUCUGGCGCACGUCUACCUCCUGCGGUCUGGUCUGCUUAAUGAACCCUAAUGACGGUUGUCGCUUAUUGGUCGUCAAUCCCAUCAAGAGAGACUGGAAGCAGCUUCCUCAAGUCGCCGCCGGCUCUUUCCCCCAGUUCAACGCCAUCGCCUUGACGUUCGACCGCCGCACGGGCGGUUACACCGUGGUCAUCGCCAAGUGCACGCGCACCCAGGAAUUGCCAGGGAAGCCCAGGCAAUGGCACUUAUCGGUCCACAUCUACCAAUCGACGACGAAAUCAUGGGUCACUCCCUUCGCCCAAGACCUCGGCCUCUGGAUAGGCAGAAACGAGGCCGCCAUAUGCGACGGCGUGCUCUACUACGUCAUCCGCCAUCCGAAUCUGACCAGCCCCCACUUAGUGGCGUUCGACCUCUUGAAGCCGCCCUCUAGCAUUCAGUCUCUGCUCCAAGAAGCUAUUCCUGCGCCAUACCCUCUUUUCUGUGCUGGGUUGAUCAACCUGUCGAACAAAUUGGUCAUGGUCGGCAUGAAAUACUACUGGCCGCACGGGGAAGCGGUGAUUUUGGAACUCGAGGAUAAGACAUGGCGGGAGGUGGCUCAAAUGCCGAUCUCCUUGUACAGGAAGUUAUGCAGAAAUAAUUUAAUCUGCUGCGGCGCCGGCGACUUCCUCUUCUUGCACUCUUCACUGUGUCCCGGGCUAUUGACCUUCGACGUGAGGCAGAAGGUGUGGAAAUGGUCGAGCCACCCCGACAUUGAGCAGUUGCACUUCUUCAGCAAACCGGAGUCCCUAGUCUACCGCGGCUUCUGCUUUGAACCGAGGCUCGACGUCUCCUCUUGA